AUGGGGUAACAGGGGCAGUUGGUUGAACCAAUCGGAAUAGUACAUGGGGAAAAUGAGAUUGCUGGGCAGGGGGUGUGAGAGGGAGCUGUCCCGUGCAGCGACUGUCCCGCACUUGCCAAACUUUCACCGGCGUCUUCAAACUGCAGACGAAUGGAUGCGUCGCUAAGGAGGGAGUGUGGAAUCUGAGACGAGCGGGAAUGGUACACGUCUGAUCUCUCCUAACAUUGCGCGAAAGUGACAUACCCCGAGCAAGAGGAGAUCGCGAAGUGGCGGAGCGGAAGGGGAGAAAGGAUGGAGCGGGCAUCCAGCAGUAGCCCCAGCGGGCCCAGCCAGCCUCCCCAAGCCGCCCAGCACGAACCUAUCAGCUUCGGCAUCGACCAGAUCCUCAGCGGCUCCGAACAAGAAAGUUCCCCGCAGAACUGCAUCCGGAGCGGCUCGGAUGGUAGCAGUGGUACUAGUGGCGGUAGUUACCACCUCGGUAGCCCCACCGGAGCGAGUGCGGCACCUUACACUGCUCUUCCCGGUUCUUUCCAUGGUAUUGCAACCUCUUUUGAGGACUCUGGCUCCUACAGCGUGAACUUGACCCUGGCCCCCGGUGGGGUGAUUCGGGUGCCGGCACAUAGACCCCUGACUGCCGCGGUCCCUCCGCCCAUGGCCAGCGCGGUACCCGGCUUUGGCAGCCUCAGUUUUCCGUGGAUGGAGAGCAGUCAUCGGUUCGCCAAGGAAAGAUUUGCAGCAGCUCUGACUCCAUUCACGGUGUCCCGAAGGAUUGGUCACCCCUAUCAGAACCGCACACCACCUAAACGGAAGAAACCGCGCACCUCAUUCUCACGCGUGCAGAUAUGCGAGCUGGAGAAACGAUUCCAUCGGCAGAAGUACCUGGCCAGCGCAGAGAGGGCCGCCCUCGCCAAGACCCUGAAGAUGACUGACGCCCAGGUGAAGACCUGGUUCCAGAACCGCAGAACUAAGUGGAGGCGUCAGACGGCAGAGGAACGGGAGGCGGAGCGCCAGCAGGCCAAUCGGCUAAUGAUCCAGCUGCAGCACGACGCCUUCCAGAAGUCUCUGAGCGACACGCUGCCCGCUGACCCUCUCUGCAUCCAUAACUCCUCUUUGUUCGCCCUGCAGAACCUGCAGCCCUGGGCCUCUGAUGACAAUGGCAAGCUGGGCGGGGUCACUGCGCUUGUCUGAGGGCAGCGCCAGCACUCCGAUUGGCUAACAUGCAAACUGACUGCCAUGAAGUCCAACUGACAAACUCAUUGUGUGAGUCAGUACAGUUACAAACUGACUGACUCAAUUAAUGACUGACUGACUGAUUGGCUGAUUUACUGACUGACUAAAUGACUGGCUGGUAUCAGACUAGGACCCUUUAUCUGUCUCUCUUACACUACCUUUCUCUCUCUGCAUGUCAACCUGGCAGUCAGUAAUUACAGAGGAGGGGAGCAAGGGAUGAGGAAAGAGAGGGAGGAGAGAAGGAAGAGGGAAGACAGGAGAGAG